AUGCGCUGCCCAAGCCUUGAUUUCUGCGACAAUGUGCAAUGUUUCUUUUGUUUAGCGCUAUUGCUCAAUCCGGAAUGUUGGCCAUUAGGGGCUCUCGUAGGCUUUGCUAUAUUUCUAUACCUGAUAGUAGCAUUAUGUUACAUGAUUUUGUAUGUACCCGUAACAGUGGGGAAACCGCUACGUCUCAUUAGCCGCGCCUGUUUACGGCAACUACGAAUUGCUCAGGCGAUCGCGAUCAUUCUUUCUUACCUGUCAGCAUUUUCAGCCUCAGAAGCGUGCCAAGAAGUCAAUAUGUUUAGUUUCAACACGCACAUAUGCGAAAAAACUGAGCAAGGGGAAGUAUGCGAAGUGCGCAUGUCAGAAAUCNUAAAAAUCAACCAGUUCCGACAAGAGGCCUGCUUGAAACUAUAUGCGAACCGUACACUUGUUUCGGUACUACAACUUCGGUGGAAAAGCUUGUAUCUCUUCUGUAUCCACGAAUCUCUCGGGUUCACAAGAGAUAUAACGAUUCGCACCCUCGACAGCAAACGCUGUGCAGGGAAAGGAUCAUGCAAAGGCGAUAGAUGCGCAAAUGUUAGAUCAACAGACCUCAUUCCUGAAUUGAAAAACGCGAACAACUUCCCUGGUAGAACGGGGUGCGUAGAGUCAUGCGGAUGGCUCGGGUGCUAUUGCCUCUUACCCAGUGCAGCAUGUCUCUUUUAUAGAAUCUAUGCGAUUCCCAAAACACCUUAUAUUUAUGAGCUAUCGCAGUGUCCAAGAUGGCGCGAACAAGUAAAAUUGGAAGGCACAGUAACGUAUCCAAAGCACAUCACUCGCGUAGUGGCGGUCACUCCCAAUGUCCCUGUGCAAAUGGGUGAAUUCGAAAUCACUAUGACUUCGCUUGCACUGCCCCCUACGCCAUUCUUGAACCAGCAAUUCAUCGCAAAUAGCACAGUUGUAGCGAUUUGGCAAAACAGCAAACCACCAGCGCUUCUGUGCGAUAGCUAUACAAGCGCCCUCAAUUUGACCUGCGAACUACACGACAACUGCUUAUGCGAACCAGCAGAAAUCAAGAUCAGAUGCGAAUGCGAUGUUUCAACACCUGCGCAAAUAUUCGAAANAAAGAUUGAGAGUAAACUACCAAUCCAGCGCCCAGGACUACAAUUCUUUGCGACAAAUUCAUCUCAAGUAGUGGCAAAAAUCCGCGAAGUUAGCUCAGCUGAGUUUGUAGUCAAAUUCGAUGGCCGAAUAUCUUAUGCAGUAGAGGAAACUCGCAAUUACGACUGCUAUAUUGACGACGCCGCGAUCCAAGGAUGCUACAGGUGCGCAAAAGGUGCGACAGCAACAGUUCAUUGCAAAUCGCAUGUGGCAACACUAGCGGAAAUCGAAUGCGAAGAGAACAGCUUUGCGCCGUGCUCAAAAUUGCGCUUCAAGUCACAAAAUUCUUCUUUUGGAAACUCCCUUGCAAAGUCUUGCGGUUUUUUCUGCGAGCGUGUUUCAAAACCUAUGGGUUGCGAAUGCGAAAGGUGCAAGCCAAAAUAUGACUCGUGCGAAAUUUUUCUUUCAUAUUAUAAUUCAGAAAUGCCUCCCGCGAACAUAGCCGAGGAAUAUCGUAAAACGAAGCGAGAUCUACUAAGACUUCGAUCAGCAUUACCGCCUAAGAUCCACGCUCUCGGAAUCCGAAUUCAGUCACUCAUGAAAACGCAGCCAUGUCAACCGAGGCAAUAUUCGAAAGGAAUGAGACCUGAUCAUCCGAGUGAAUCAAAUAUGCCUCGGGGCGACCACUACAGUGACUCCUGCGGCAAAGUACGAGACAGUAAGAGACGUCGCAUACUUCUGAAACGAUAUCGACGAUGUGUUAAUUGUUUGGAGAUAGGAUGUCUGGAAGAGGAAACGUGUCCCAAAUUCUGGACGAAGUGCCACCACUGCGGGCGACGAGACCACCACUCCGCACUAUGUGAGAAACCAGACAUCAACCACUACUUUAUGGUGCAUCGAACCUCCAGCAAGUCGGACUUGGGCGUGAGGUAA